CGUGCAUGUCUUGGUCAUUUUUCUGUGAACUGUGGCAAACAAUUUUGUGGCUGUAACUGCUGAGGGGGCCGCUGCUGAUCGGCAGAGUGCAGCAAUCAAGGUUCCCUGGGAAACAUUUCUAUGAUCUUAAGAACAGCAACUGUCGGAUUUGCCCACUGAACGGCACAAGUCAUGUACCAAGUUGUUCCCGGAGGAGCGGGAGGCACAAUUACAGAUGUUAUCCCCAAGCAGAAGCACAGGAAGGACACUCGACCCUUGGUCGGAGCUGGAGUAAUCGGCUUGGUGCUGGUAAUUGCAGCAGUGACUGCAUGGUGUUAUUACAUAGCCUCUCUACGCAAAGCUGAGCUGCUUAAGACUGAGCUCCUGGAUCUGAAUAAAGAUGGCUACAUUAUCCGCAACCAGGGAGGGUCUAUUGUUUUCAGAAUGGAUUUCAGGUCAGGUACGCUGGAUUUGGAUUCAUGCUCCAAAGAAGGGGAGAUGCUGAGCUGCGGACGCACCACUAAUAGAAAACUGAACUUCUUCAUUGAGACAGUUCGACCCAAAGACACGGUGCAAUGCUACCGUGUGCGUUGGGAGGAACUGGUUCCGGACAUUCCUGUUGAGCAUGCCAUGACGUACACGUUUGCACACUGGUAUGGUGGUGCAGUAUCAGCAAUUCAACACUGGCCUAUUUCUAUUAAUGGCCAACAGGCUCCCAAACCCUUUGUUACCAGUGACAUCUACUCUAACCGCAAUGAAUUUGGAGGAAUUUUGGAAAGUUAUUGGCUUUCAUCCAACGCUACGGCCAUCAAGAUAAAUAAUUCAGUGCCCUUCCACCUGGGCUGGAAUGACACGGAGAAGACCAUGUCCUUCCAGGCGCGAUACAAUGACAGUCCCUUCAAGCCAAACCCAGGAGAGGCACCAUGUGCUGAGCUUAGCUACAGAGUGUGCGUGGGCUUGGAUGUGACAUCCAUACACAAGUACAUGGUCCGCAGAUACUUCAACAAACCAAACAAAGUGCCUGCCAAAGUCAUGUUUCGCCAUCCUAUAUGGUCGACCUGGGCGCUACAUAGGACUGACAUUGACCAAGAGAAAGUCUUGACGUAUGCCGCUAACAUCCGCAAAUAUAAGUUUAACUGUAGCCUCCUGGAACUAGACGACCGCUACACCAGCCGCUAUGGAGAAUUUGAGUUUGACCAGACAAAGUUCCCUAAUGCCUCGUCCAUGUUCCAAAAGCUGAAAUCAGAUGGAUUUCUGGUGUCGCUCUGGAUUCACCCUUUUGUUAACUAUGACUCAGAAAACUUCCAUACUUGCGUAGAGAGGGGGCUGUUUGUCCGGGAGCCUACAGGCCAGCUGCCAGCCUUGGUGCGCUGGUGGAACGGUAUUGGUGGCAUUUUGGACUUCACAAAUCCAGAAGCUCGCGAUUGGUUUUCCUCCCAGCUCCGUUCGCUGCGCUCCAGGUAUGGGGUGUCAUCUUUUAAAUUUGACGCAGGGGAGACUAACUACUUGCCGUGGAAAUUUAGUACCAGAACUCCCAUUCGGGACCCAAGUCUUUUCACAAGACAUUACACGGAAAUGGCUAUUCCCUACAAUGACAGAGCUGAGCUGCGCAGUGGCUACCAGUCCCAAAACAUAUCCUGCUUCUUCAGACCAAUUGACAGAGACUCUGUUUGGGGCUACGAGUUGGGUCUCAAGUCUCUUAUCCCCACCGUGCUCACCAUCAGCAUUCUGGGCUAUCAGUUCAUUUUACCAGACAUGAUCGGAGGGAAUGCAUAUCUAAACCGCACAGAUGGUAAAAGUGUAUUACCCGACCGGGAGCUCUAUAUCCGCUGGCUGGAGCUGACGGCCUUCAUGCCGUCCAUGCAGUUUUCUAUUCCGCCAUGGGCAUACGACAACGAGGUGGUUGAAAUUGCUCGGAAAUACACAGCACUCCAUGAGCGUAUUGUGGCGCCACGGGUCCUGGAGCUGGCUGGCGAGGUGCUGGACACCGGGGACCCAAUCAUACGGCCCCUGUGGUGGAUUGCCACAGGUGAUGAAACGGCCUAUAAAAUUGACUCCCAAUUCCUGAUUGGGGAUGACCUCAUGGUAGCCCCAGUUUUAGAGCCUGGAAAGCAAGAGCGUGACAUCUACCUCCCUGCCGGCCAUUGGAGAAGCUACAAGGGGGAGAGAUUUGAUAUCAAGGAGCCGCUGCAUCUCACAGACUAUCCUGUUGAUCUGGAUGAAAUUGCUUACUUUCUUUGGGUGUAGCAAGAAGGGAAUGUACAGCUGAAAAAACUUGACAAGCCUUUGCUGCAAUUUGCUUGUAAGACAAGCUUCACAAAUUCAGCUUUCAUGCUUGAAUGAAACAGUUCUUGGAAAAUCUUUUCUUCAAAAAUAUAUGAAGACUUUUUAAAUUAUAACAUCACAAAUGUGAAACCGUUUCACUCAAAAAAUGCUCAAACCCUCAUUUAAUUUAAUUUAAACAAAUUGAUGGAUCAUCUUUAUAU